GUAACUUUAUGUUUCAAUCUAAAAUUCGUAUUAUGUUAACACUAGUUGGCCUUUCAAAAUUGGACUUUUUUAGUAAAAAUAUGAAAUGUGUUUAAGUGACAAUAAAAAGUGUAAACAAAAAUUGCUUCAACCAAACAUUAUUUGAGUCAACCCUUUGAAAGUGUUCGUGGUUCGAUCGUAGUGCAAAAGUCUACCUAGAAGUGUUAUUUAAAAGGUCCAGCCCAUUUGGUUAUUCAUAUCAGUAGAAAAUAUGAGAAACGUGCACAGACAUGCACGACUAUCUAAACGGCGGCAAAGUGCUCCUGAGAAUUACGAUCCAGACGCGAAUCGAGUGGAAUAUCUACAGGCAUUUGGCGAAUUUAAAGAACGUGCUAGCCUGUACAAGCAAUCGACGAAUAGAGAAGGGAGUGAAGCAACCGGCUCGCAAAGCACUAACACUGCAACGGAUCAAAGUAAUUCAAACGGUUAUCAACAACAAGAUCAGCCAAAGUCGGGCACAACAAAGGGUUAUUCGUUGCCCAACAAAAUUGCACGUUCACUAUUCGGAGGAUCACCUCGUCGAAAAACGAAUACCGCUAACAACACAUUGGCUGUCAACGAAAAUAACAAUUCCAUUUAUACCAAUGAAAUCCUCGAAUUUGAUGGCAAUUGCAUAAAUGAUGGAUCGUUCGUCGCCACCGCUCAAAGUCCACCGACAUCAUUUUACAAAAAUAAUUCCAUUCCAUUCUCCCCGAGUGCGCAAAGAUCAAUGAAAAUCCAGUCCGAGUUAUCGUCAGCUCCAAUCCGAUCCAAGGCAUCGUCAGCUCCAAUCCAAGCCGAGACAUUGUCAGCUCCAAUCCAAGCCGAGGCAUCGUCAGCUCCAAUCCAAGCCGAGGCAUCGUCAGCUCCAAUCCAAGCCGAGGCAUCAUCAGCUCCAAUCCAAGCCGAGGCAUCGUCAGCACCAAAGACUGUUUCAAAGAUAGAAGAGGCACGUCAACGCGCUUAUAAGAAGCUAUUGGACUACAUUCGACCAAAGGCAAAAAGUGGAAACGCUUCAAACAGUAGCGGUGCGUACAGACAAUACGAUUUGGAUUCAUCAGACGUUGAAGAGAGGACACUGAAAAAGUCGAACGGUCAAGACAUUCCUCAGGAAACGUACAACGAAAUUGCGAGCGCUUUUGAAGACAUGGCCCAACUAAACGGUUACGUUCCACGUAAUGAACGGGACAUACAUAAUAAUUCAUAUAAUUCACGUGCUAUGCAAUCGUUUGAACAUGGAAUCACUGGAAUCAGUCCAUUGAGUGAAUUUUCGAGCUACCGACGAUGUGAAGGAUUGAUCGAUGAAAAUUUUGGAUUCCUCGACGAUACGAAGUGGGGAAAAAAUUGUAUGGACGAAAGUGAUCUGUGUACUGCGAAUGAUGAGGCUCUCGGUAUGCGGGUGAAAGAUGAGUCAGAUGAACGAUUGAGGCAACAAGAGAUAGAAUAUUAUUUGUCUGGAAUUGAACCCGUCCACAAAUGCAGUCGUAAUACCAAUUCACUUGUGUCUCCACAAGUAAGCAAGCAACCAGUUUAUGUUAUGGAGUGCAAGGCGAAAGACAUUCAGCCAAUCAUAAGUUCCCUGCAAAACACAACUUCGACUCCUUUCCAACUUUCAGCCGGCUGUUUCCGGCAAAACAUUGUAUCAUUGAAAAAGUGCAGCCCUCGCGAUUCUGCGUCGAUCCGGUUGGUGGAAGAAGCCAUUGAACGGGACUUCGACAUUCUCAGCAAAGUGAAGCAUCCGAAUAUCGUGGCUCUGAUGGCAGUCAGUUGUAACCGAAAACUGAUCAACCACAUGACGCUGGUGAUGGAACAAGUCGAUUAUACGUUGAACUUCUAUCUUCAUCAAAUGGAGAGAUCGUUCACAUUACUCGAAUGCACUUCGAUAACAUAUCAGAUAUCCAGUGCAAUUGGUUAUCUACAUGCAUGCGGUUACAUUCACUCAAACAUAUCCAGUCACAACAUACUAUUCCGUGAACGUCCAUGCAGCGUUAAACUUUCCUCAUUCGAACUUGCCACAGAUAUCGAUUGUUCGACCAUUCGGGCGGAGAUUGAAAGUUGUUAUCCUCAACUGUGUACUCAACAAUCCGUUGGACUCGAUGACGACAAUGUAGCUCUGAAGGAGCAUUACAAGAAACAAUCUAAACGAACCACAUAUGAAGAGCACGAUUACAUUGACAUACCGUCGAAAUAUCUGAUGUACGACACCACUUAUCGCCGACAUUUGUCCGAGCACAAUUUCACAGCACCGGAACUGUUAGCUGCUGAUCGACGAUUUGUGUUUCCGACGCCGAAAACCGAUGUAUAUUCGUUAUGCUUGUUGCUAUGGGAGUUGCUCAAUCAUUGCGUUCCGUUUGCCGUGUACAAUCGAUUGGACAUGGAACGAAUGAUUGCAACCGAGAAACUAAAUUUGCCAUUCUUCGAGCGUGACCGAUGCUACUCUUUUAUGGGCAUUUUUGGUGCCGGAUUAGCUAUUCGUCCGGAAAAUCGUACAAUGGACGUUCCAGCUUUGAUGACACGUCUCUCCAAUAUUGAAGCAGACAUUCUUAUGGGCUUUGCAAACAUUCGUAACGCUGACAGUAUUGAACGUGACUACGUAAAUUGUCAGCAACAGACACCAAGCGAAUAUUUGGAUGACACAGUGACAUCAUCGCUUUCCUUUGAAAUGAAUGGUAACAUUGUCGACAUGACAAACGACAUCAUCUUAUCUCCGAGUUUGUUAGCUUUUGACCAGUCGUUGAAUGAGUGCGAACGAACCAGUACGAAGAAGAUAAAAAAGAAGCCGGCACGCAAUGGCCAUCGAAUUCGUGAGCUAUUUCCUUCAGUGGAUGAAAACUUUGUGGCGAAUGGUGGAGUACAUGAAUAUUCAUCUGUACACGGUGAAGACCGCGGCCAUUUUGUCGAUUUGAAUAAGAGCUUCAUGGAAAUGAGCAAUGACAUACGCCGACACGUUUUCUACGACAUUGACGAAGAUGAAAAACUGAACAAGAACCUGGCCGAGUUAGCCGAGAACCUUUGUCGUAAUAUUUUGAACGACACGGAAGAAAAUAUAUCGAUCGACUACCAACCGCAAGAAGUGCACAGUAAAUUUGUUGCCCAAUCGUCGGCUGAACCAAAGAAUGCAAACAAUGUUCCCACCGUGGUUGGCUUCAGCGUUAAGAAUAGAAAUUUGAACAACUCAAAGACAUGCGGAAAUUUCUUGGAAACACUGGUCCCGUCAGCGGCAAAGAAUUUGUUCAACUUUUCGAAUGAAUACGAUUUCGACAGUGAAGGACGAAUGCACGAUGCCAUGCCGAAUUUCGCUCGGCAAAAUAAGCUCAGACGCAAUGCUUGGCUGUCGAAUCAAGAGCCAAAUACGUCGAGAAAGGACAACAAAUCGGAACAUAUGGUGGAAGGAGAUGAUAAGGAAGCGGUUCCGGUCGACGUCUAUAAGAAAGUCAAUGUUAGCGUUCGGAUCGUCCAUAAUAAAAUGACUCCGGAGAAGGUAGCACCGAAAGUUACCGAAGUUCAACCGAAGGAUGUUAAUGAAGAAAGACCAUCCGUUUUGUCGAAAAUACAGUUUUUCAAUUCGGCAAACCAAGCUGCAACAACUCGUACUUCGUUGUCGACCCAUAAACAUCCUAUUGCACCAGUGAAAGUUGAUCAAGUGGUGUCGGACAAUAACCCAGUAAGCAGCUCGGAUAAAAUAGUGAAUGAACACGUCGACGCUGUGGCUUCGAAAGAAAGUAAAUUCGUUAAUAAUAAUGUCGUGCUCAGUGAUAACAGCAAAGCUGAACGGAACGUGGUGAUGAACGAAUUAACUGAUGCAAUGCACAACUUGCACAAACGUCCUCUCGAUCCACCGCAGAAGAAACAGCUAUUCGAAAAUAAAUUGUGGAAGCGGGAAUUGGACAUUUGCAACAGAUCGUUGAAUUCCAGUGAGGGCAGCUGUGAAUCCAAAAUUGUGACGCCCAAAAUACGAUCAGUUCGAGACACCAUAAUGAAAUUCGAGAAACGCAGUGCAACCAAAAAUCAAUCGACAUCGAAUUCGUCGUCAACGUCAAACGAACUGGUGAAAAGUUCACCAAAACCAAUCACUACCAGCCAGCCGAAUCACCAAAAGCAAAACGAUUCACCGACGUUGAUCAAACGAACCAUUUACAGUGAACAGAUCCUGUCUGGCAUUGAUUUAUCUCCGCUGGACAAUCCACUGUUCAAGUUUGGUGGUCAGAAAGUGGCGACCAGGGUCUCGAUGCGCCAGGUUCGACAAACAUCAUCAGCCGAUGUUGGUGCAAAUAAUCGACGUCAAAUGGGUGGAAAGACUGACAUUCAACACACAAUGUGUGGCAAUGAAGUGCAACUGUUGAAUUUCAAUUCAUCAGGAUGUGGACCAUCGGGUGCGGCAACAAAGUGUUUCAAUUGCGCGAUGUGUUCCGAUCAAUUGGAAACCUUGACCUAUGAGCCUAUUGACAGCAUUGGAAACAUCAGCGACUCGAAUCUUUUGCCAGAAUCACCAACGAGAUGUGGUCAGGUACGGGUUAAGAAUCAGGACACACGUUCCAUUGAGGAUCUCUACAUUGACGAUGAUUUCGUUCAUGGUCUGGGCGCCAAUAUGGAACUACAGUCCAAUUAUUCCGAUUCGCUAAUUUUUGACCUGAUUUCAUCCGGCUUAUACUAAUUACGAUGCUGCAGAAACGAAAAAAAUCAAUUAUCUUGGCCAAUUGAUCGAAUUUAUUUUUUGUGAAACAAUCAAACGAACUUUUUUUUUACCUUUUUUUUGUUCAAUUCGGCUUGUUGUAGAUUAUUAUCAGUGUUGUGUGAGGUGAGUGUUGGAGGUUAGACUAUAUUUUUCAUUAUUUGUGGUAACUUUAUUUAAUCGGAUUAUUAUUUACCAUGCCAUCGGAUCGAAUUUUAUUGCUCUAUAUUGCAUAUCGGAUCCAAUUGUAAUCGAAUUGAACCACAACUUAUUUUUGCAUGUGAAACAAACUCGGAAGAGAAUGUUUUUUUUUUAUUGAGAUUUACAACGCUCUUAAUCGUCUUUUUAUUUUGAUUAAAUAAAUAAAUUUGAAAAAAAACAAAA